CAAUGCAACUCUUAAAAACCUCAAAUAAAUAUUUCUCUUCUUCACUUUCCUCGAUUCUUGUGUUUUCGUUUUCUUUAUCUCCUCCUCGUUGAUUCAGAGGUCACUCCUUUCUUCUCGGUUUAUUCUUUAACCGGACUCAGCAUAUCCUCAAAUCUUUAGGAUCAUCAAGAUAAGGAAUCUUUUUGAAUAUCUCUCUACACGAAAUCGAAUCGAUGGAUCAAAAAGUUAGACAAUUUGAGGUUUGCACUCAAGACGGUAGCGUUGAUCGUCACGGCAAUCCAGCUAUCCGAGCCAAUACCGGAAAAUGGCUCACUGCUAUUCUCAUUCUAGUGAAUCAAGGACUAGCUACGCUUGCGUUCUUCGGUGUUGGAGUGAAUUUGGUUCUGUUUCUGACGAGAGUGAUGGGACAAGACAAUGCAGAAGCGGCCAAUAAUGUUAGUAAAUGGACUGGAACUGUUUAUAUCUUCUCUUUGCUUGGUGCUUUCCUCAGUGACUCUUAUUGGGGACGUUACAAGACUUGUGCUAUCUUUCAAGCAAGUUUCGUUGCAGGAUUGGUGAUGUUAUCUUUAUCUACUGGUGCGUUAUUGCUUGAACCAAGUGGUUGUGGAGUUGAAGAGUCACCGUGUAAGCCUCACUCGACGUUUAAGACGGUUCUGUUUUAUCUCUCGGUGUAUCUAAUCGCCUUAGGGUAUGGUGGUUAUCAGCCGAACAUAGCUACGUUUGGAGCUGAUCAAUUUGAUGCAGAGGAUUCCGUUGAAGGACACUCGAAAAUAGCAUUUUUCAGUUACUUUUACUUAGCUCUGAAUCUUGGAUCGCUCUUCUCGAAUACUGUCUUGGGUUACUUUGAGGACCAAGGGGAAUGGCCGCUUGGGUUUUGGGCGUCCGCGGGCUCUGCUUUUGCGGGCUUAGUACUUUUCUUGACUGGCACGCCAAAGUACCGACACUUUACGCCUAGAGAGAGUCCUUGGUCUAGAUUCUGCCAAGUAUUGGUUGCUGCAACAAGAAAGGCUAAGAUUGAUGUGGACCAUGAGGACUUGAAUCUUUAUGAUUCUGAGACUCAACGAACUGGAGAUAAGAAGAUUCUUCAUACCAAAGGCUUUAGGCGCGCGAUGAAGACAAAUAUCAAAAACUUCCGGAUUCCAGCUUCAAGCAUGUCUAGUUUCGACAUUCUCAGCGUCGCCUUCUUCAUCUUUGCUUACAGGCGGUUUCUUGAUCCACUCUUUGCAAGACUUAACAAAACAGAACCCAACAAAGGUCUCACUGAGCUUCAGAGGAUGGGAAUUGGGCUUGUGAUUGCGAUAAUGGCGAUGAUUUCAGCAGGAAUCUACAUGUUGAUAGGUGCAUCAGAAGUAUUCAUGUACGUUGGUCAACUCGAGUUCUUCAACAGCCAAGCUCCAACCGGGCUAAAGAGCUUUGCAAGCGCGCUAUGUAUGGCUUCAAUAUCUCUUGGGAACUAUGUAAGCAGUUUGUUAGUUUCCAUUGUCAUGAAGAUCUCUACAACAGAUGACGUGCCUGGCUGGAUUCCUGAAAAUCUCAACAAAGGACACUUGGAGAGAUUCUACUUCCUUUUAGCUGGUCUAACCGCAGCUGAUUUCGUGGUUUACCUGAUUUGUGCCAAAUGGUAUAAGUAUAUCAAGUCUGAAGCAAGUUUCUCUGAGUCCGUGACUGAAGAGGAGGAAGUCUGAGUCAGAGCUAGAGAGUUUUUGUGUUUUAUUUUAUGCUGUGAUGCUUUUUACGUAAAUUGUUCAAAGCUGAGCUAGUUCUGUGAUAUAAACUGGUCUUGUUGUGUUUUUUUUGGGGUUACUCUUGUGCAAAGUCUUGUUAAUGUUUCUCAAUAAAGGAUAAGUUGAUUC